UUUGGCACCACUAAUUGCCUCUCUGAUUAACUCGGCUACCUGCGACGGUGCAAAUUGAAGCGUGGAGGUUCCCCGCCGUGCUGCAAGCUCCCGCCGCCGUCGCCACCCCUCUCGUCUCGACGUGCACAAUGACACCUGACAGAGACGCCUGCGGGACACGAUGACAGCCGACAAGGAGAAAAGAAGGGCGAUCAGCCGCGAGGCAGCCAGGCGGAGACGCCGGGUGGAGUCGGAGGUGUUUGGGGAUUUGUCUCGUCUCCUGCCGCUCCAGCCGUCUGUCCGAGCUCACCUGGACAAGCCGUCCGUCAUCCGCCUCACCCUCAGCUACAUCCGCACGCACACGAUACUCAAAGGCAGGACGGGGACUAAAACAGAGGCUGGUCACGCAGUAAAAUAUGCUCCGGUGAAGGAAGGCGGGGAGGAUCAGCCAGAGUGCGACGGGGAGAAGGAAGCGGAGGAGGUCGAGGCCUCGGAGGAGUCGGACAUGUACCUGAGGAUCCUGGAGGGGUUCCUGAUGGUCCUGUCCACUGAGGGGGACAUGAUCUACCUGUCCGACAACGUGAGCAAGUACAUGGGCUUGUCACAGACUGAGCUGAUGGGACACAAUAUCUUCGAGUUCACGCAUCCUUGUGACCACGAAGAAAUCAGAAGUAAUCUGCGUCUUACAGCAGAGGAAGUUUGGCGUGGUGCAAAGAGAGACUUUGUGAUGAGGGUUAAAAGCGCUCUGACAAACAGAGGAAGAAGCGCCAACCUCAAGUCAGCUACGUGGAAGGUUCUCCACUGUCAGGGCCGUUUGAAGGUGUGCAUCUCCCCGUCUUCGGUUACCUGCUUGCUGCUCACCUGCCAGUCUCUGCCCCUCUCACACACUCUCCUCAGCACACACACCUUCACCAGCCAGCACAGCAUGGACAUGAGGUUCACGUACUGCGACCCGAGGGUGACUCCGCUGCUGGGUUACGGUCCUGAGGAGCUGCUCGGCCGCUCCAUCUACGACCUCUGUCACACGCUGGACACAAGCUGUCUGACCAAAAAUCAUCUGAACUUGUGUUUGAAGACUCAGUCAGUCAGCGGUCAGUACAGGAUGCUGGUCAAAGGUGGAGGUUACGUCUGGGUGGAGAGUCACAGUGCCGUCAUACCCAGCGUCCGGCCCUCCAAGUCCAGGCCCGGCGCUCACCAGCCACUCUGCAUCCUCUGUGUUACCUAUGUCCUCAGUGGAGUGGAGCAGCCAUCCCUGCAGCUCUCUUUGGACCAGACUGUCCACAGAUACUUGAGGUGAAGCUGGAGCCUGAAGAACAAAACCCAACAAUCUUCUCUACCUCUGUCUGUGAAUUCAUAUCAUAUCAUUCAUAUCAUCGUAUUGUUUCUCAGAUUCAACUAUUAUUAAAUAACAAAAACGCUCUGAUUCAAGAGACAUCACUGUGUGUUUGUGAUGCUCCUGAGGAGCAUGGAAUAAUAAUCAGAACUGUUGAUACAGCCACGCAGCUCAGACCCGCGAUUUGUCAUGAAAGUUUUUUUUUUUUUUAAAGCUCUUCACAUUUCUGUCACACUGUCUUGCAUAAGCGCUGCAAUGGCACGAUUUCUGUCUCCUCAAAGAAAAGCUGGAGGCUUUAGGUGUGUAGACUGUGGUUGGCAGACAGUUGACGGGGCGUAGUGAGAGUUGAAAUGUGUUGACGAUAGCAGGCGGUUUGACUUUUUCAUGACCUCCCUGGGCCUGACCCUACUUCCUGUGGGGUUUCCUUCUGGGCCACCUGACACGUGGGGUGACAUCUGACUGACAAGCAUAGACUCACACACACACACACACACACACACACACACACACACACACACACACGGAAUAUAUAUAGAGCGAUAUGCAUUGUGCUGAUGAGGAGAUGUGAGCAGACGCAAGUCAAAGCCACAGCUUCCUGAAUAGAGCCACUCGAGAGGAAAGUUCUCGUGGGAACUUUUUCAACUUUUUACCUCUCGGCCUCUAAAUUGACACACACACACACACACACACGCACACACACACACACACACACACACACACACACACACACACA